AUGGUGCAAGUGAAAAAGUCAAAGCUUUUAGCAAUAAUCACAUUAUUCGCCGUUAUGAUGUUUUUAAGCAACUGCUAGAAGAGCUACUAAACUUUGCAAUACGUCAAAGCAGAUGGUAUUUACUCACUCAAAGCAGAGUUUUUCAGCAGUGUACUUUAAGUGCUGUUUCCAAAAGUGUUGGAAUAUGUUAGAAUAAAUUUCUUUCAGAAUAGGUCAAUGGAGGACUGGAUUCCAUUCUACGUAUAUCGAAUGAAAGAUUCGACAUCUAUGGAUGACUCAGUUUACUUGAAGUUAAAGAUCACAGAUUUUAACAUAACUUCAAUGAGUUAUAGUACUAGUCAAGAGUCCUCUGGCAUUUAUCUUAUCGAGUCCAUUCAGAAUCUCAAGUACUAUGUGCAGAAUAUAGAUUUGAGAGCAGACUUUAACUUGCAUGUCAAUUUCACAGGCUUAGUUAAUGAUAAUACUUACUUUAUUCAAGAGAUUCAGGACUAGGUCUAUCACGGAAGUUUUUACUUGACAGAGACUAAUCUUUCAGUAAGCUAAAAGUUCAACGUCUCCAAUGAUGGAGAUAUCAAAGUCUACAUUCCUUCAUUGAGUUUUACAGUAGCACCAGACAAAGUUGACCUUAAGUUCUAAGAGGAAAGCACUUGUGAAUUCAUAAGAUCUGUUAGCGGGUCUAUUAGAAACUUAAAAAACUUUGCAUUCAACAACUCAAAUGAUAUCGCAAUUGAAAAUAAAGACCAAAUUCAAUAAUUUCAUGAAAUGGCCACUUAACUGCUCACUGAAUUAAUAUAUGAGAAUGAGUACUUUAAGGUAGAGACCAAAUUCGUUAAACCUGAUGUGAUACCUUAGAAUCCCAUUAUUAUGGCUGAGUAUAUAUCCUACAUUAAUGAUGUCAAUAUCAGUAUUAAGGUCAACGAAUCUAAGUAUCUGAUUGAUAAUGAGAGAUAUGAUGAUGCUUAUUUACCAGUAUUUGAUACUAAUGGGAUGGAUCUUUAGCUUAUAAUAUCAGAAUAGCUAUUAAAUAAGAUAAGUACUAUAAUAUUCAACACUACAGUGUAUGAAUAAGAGAGUCCUUGGAUUAUUGAAUCGGAUUAAAUCUACUUUUAAAAUGCAAAUUAGCAAAUAAUAAACUAAACUUGUACCACAGAUAUCCUUGAAAUGAUGCUUCCUGGAAUUACUAAAGACUAUAAAUCAGGAGUUAAAUGCUUUAUGCAAGGAAAAUUAAAAUCUAUUGGGAAUUUCAACAUCAACACUGGUAGAAUUUACGCAAAGGAUUGCGUCACAGCUGAGCUUUUAGUUACAAUUUACACUAACAUUUCAGCAAAAGAUAUGCCAACACUAUUGAAAUUCGAAGUAGACUUCUCAACUAUCUAUAUUUAUGUAUGCUUACCCUUUCUAAAUCUCUACGAUAAAUACCUGAUUACAAACAUCUUACCAGAUUAUACUUCUGAAGCUAUCAUCAAACUUAUGGUAGAUUAUGUAAAAAAAAAGAUAAUUGAAGAGAUAUUUGGAAGUAGCAAGAUCUUCGACUUCCCUAAUAGUGAUUUACAUAAAGUAGUGUCUAGAUUAUUAUUUAUGAGCCUUUGA